UCGAGUGCUAUGUUCGUGCUUUAAACUAGCGAUUACAGAGUUUACGUGUAGUGAAGCUACUGUGAACAUGGUUUAUAAAUGUUGUGUGCCAAGGUGUCGUGGGAAUUACGGAACUGGACCGAAAGUAAUGCUGUUUUCCUUUCCGAAAGAUGCGAAUCUGCGUUGGAAAUGGCUUUCAGCAAUUCAUCGGGACAAUUUCCAACCCACUGAGCACACGAAGGUUUGUGAACUUCACUUCACCGAAUCUGACAUCUGCCGGCAUACAGAAUGUUAUGAUGAAGUGAAAGGCACAAAGCUUUCUGUCAAGCUUUCAAGACCGAGGCUUAGAGAGGGUGCUGUCCCAUCAGUGUUACCAGGCUGCCCAAGCUAUUUGUCUACUCCAUCCACCAGCUCUCGAGAAAGUCCAGAGGAAAGGAGAGCUAGAUUGGACAAUGAACAUCUUCUACAAGCAAUUAAAGACAGUAUAGUAACCAAAACAGAGUAUGAUUCGAGGAAGUUAUUUUCUACUUUUGAAGCAUUUCUGCAGUGCCUAGAAAGAGAAACCAUUCCCAGUGAAUGGACCAUUGUUAGGAGAAGUGACUGUGUCCUAUUUCUAUUGCUUACUGUAUUGCCUGCUCCGUCUGUAUCUGUAGUAGUGACAAAUGAUUUGCAGUUGUCUGCCUAUCGAAGUAACACUGAGAUAAGAAAGAUAGGCAGUAGAAAAAUAUCACACAAACUUUCAAAUAUGAAUGAUUUGUUUACAGUAUUAGACAAAGUGAAAGAAUUAGUCAGUGCAAAAGAAAAUUCAUUAAAAAUCCAGUGCCUUCUUAUACAGGACAUUUUAAAUGACAUGUGCAGUUCUGUAGAUGAAGAAAAACAGAAACAAAUUCAAUUCUUAAGUGAGCAAGUUAAGUUGCUAUGUAGCUGUGAGGAAAACUAUAGGUUUAAUCCUCACUUUUCUAUAUUUUGUUGUAUCCUGCAUUCUAUCUCCCCUCAUGCCUAUAAAUUUUUGAGGUCAUCUGGCAAUCUUAUUCUUCCUCAUCCAAGAACUUUACAGAAAAUAUGUUCCUCAUAUACUAAUGGUCCUCAUAAUGAACAAAAUGAAGGUGCUAUGCUCCUGUAUAUUAAGGAAAGAUUUAAAUCUUUGCAGGAAAGUGAUUGUACCAUUUCAUUAAUGAUGGAUGAAAUUCAUAUUAAACCUUAUUUUGAUUACAAGGGAGGAAACAUUGUGGGGGCAGCAUUUGAUAGUGACAAGGCUGCUACUACAGCAUAUGUCUUUAUGGUACAAUCAUUGCUGUCUUCUUUUAAAGAAGUAGUGCAUGUCCUUCCAGUGAGAAACCUUGUAGCUGAACAGUUAUUUUUGUAUGUGAAGAAAAUAUUAUGUGGCCUUUAUGACAUUGGUUUCAAAGUUAUUUGUGUAGUUAGUGACAACAAUGCUUUAAAUAGGAAAUCUAUGGCACUUUUUAGCUCACCUCCAAAACUCAGUAUAGUUUACCCACGUCCAGCUAAUCCAACUCAGCCACUAUUUUUUAUAAUUGAUUAUGUCCACAUCCUUAAGUGUAUACGUAAUUAUUGGGUUAAUCAAAAGGACUCUCAAGUUUUGCUCAAAUAUCCACAAUUUGAUGGAAGCAGUGAUGAUUGUCAGGUGUUAAUGGCAUCUUUUGAAGCAUUGAGGCAGCUUCAUAAGAUUGAAUAUAAUGGUCUACUUAAGCACUCUUAUGGUCUUUCUUUGAAGUCUCUUUAUCCAUCUUCACUUGAGAAACAGAAUGUGAGCCUUGUUUUGCAGGUAUUCAGUGAAUAUACAGCUGAAGCCGUUUAA